AUGAAUGAGCAUGAUGAGCACACCUUUCAAGAAUUCAUUAGCCUGCAAAGUCACGACACCACCGCCUCCUUGUUCAUGACGACCAACUAUUUCCAGGAGCGGAUAACGCCUGCCUCUCACAAUGGCUUGUCACCAGCUACGCCUUCAACGGGCAAUGCAACUCGCGGUGCCAAUGCUCUGUCCAGUCGCAUCACCAGCGUGCUCUCUGCUUCAUACGCCGACUUAGAAAUUCGAGAUGCUUUCGAAACCCUCGAUGCUCGUGGUGUACAGAAUACAGCAGAGACUCGGCGGCAGAUUCGCUUGGACGUGCAAAAAGAAGUCAUUCAAUGUAAUGGGGAGAUUGUCAAGGACUUUGGUCAGGUCGCCGAGCAACUCAAACGAAUUGGAAGCGCCAUUACCAGCCUGAACAGCUACUGCUCCGACAUGCGAAGCCACAUCGCUGCUGCAAAUCGAGAAACUGGGCCUGUACUGGAAGAAGCCACGAGCCUCAUGAACCAAAGGAAACAAGUCGAGUCAAAACAGCAGAUCCUCCACGCAUUCACCUCUCAUUUCCUGAUAUCAGAUGAGGAGUCUACCAUCCUAACUUCCACGGCUGAGCCUGUCAACGAAGAGUUCUUCCAGGCCCUCACGCGGGUCAAAAAGAUCCAUCACGAUUGUCAGGUACUCUUGGGGACGGAAAACCAGCAGCUGGGACUGGAAGUCCUAGAGCAGAGCUCAAAGCAACUCAAUGGAGCAUACCAGAAACUUUACCGCUGGAUUCAGCGCGAAUUCAAAACGCUAGACUUGGAGAACCCACAGAUCAGUGCUUCUGUACGACGGUCUCUACGUGUGCUCGCCGAACGGCCGACUUUAUUUCAAAGCUGCCUUGAUUACUUUGCUGAAGCUCGAGAGUCAAUCCUGUCCGACGCGUUUCAUGCUGCACUUACAGGAUCGACUUUAGAAGAACAUAUUGCUACUAAGCCUAUCGAGUUCCACGCACAUGACCCACUACGCUACGUUGGUGAUAUGUUGGCUUGGGCUCACUCCACUACCGUUUCUGAGAGAGAGGCGCUCGAAAACCUGUUCAUCUCCGACGGCGAUGAAAUUCAACGGUCUAUUCAGGCCGGCUUGGAGAGCGAGCCGUGGUUACGUGCAGAAGGAGAGGUGGAGGUAUUCGAUGGUAGAAGAGCCUUGAACCAGCUUGUCAGUCGAGAUUUGAUCAGCGUCGUGCGCCUGCUACGACAGCGUACUGAGCAGGUGAUUCAAAAUCACGAGGAUGCGACACUUGCGUAUAAGAUUGCCAACCUUGUUGGAUUCUAUAAAGGCACAUUUACUAAAUUGCUUGGAGCCGACUCUGAGGUUCUGGAUGUGUUUGACACGCUCGAAGCUUCUGCAAUGCGACAAUUCCGCGCCAACAUGAGAGACUAUGUUGUCAAUGUGCAAAGCGAUCUUGCCGUAGCCCCUGCCGAUCUCUCACCCCCCGAUUUCCUCGAAGAGGCGUUGCAGACGCUCAAGGUUCUGGCCAAGAGCUACGACACCUCUGUCGCAGCCAGCGAUGACAAUGGUGAAGGAUUCCACACCGUCCUCGCAGAAGCGCUAGACCCAUUUUUAAGCGGCUGUGAGAACCUGCAGAAAGGCAUGGAACAACCCGACAGUGCCAUCUUCGCCAUAAACUGCCUCUAUGCCGCCAAAGAAACACUAUCAUUGUACUCCUUCACCAAAUCACGAAUCACCGCCAUGGACGAAAACAUCGCAGCGCAAGUCGCUGCCCUCACCGAUUACCAGCAUCAAUUCUUGCUCCACGAGUCUGGUCUCAAUUUGCUCUUGGAUGCCCUUGACACCAUCUCGGAGUCGGAAGACGGCAUCCAAUCCAUCUCCGAGCUCGAACCUUUUCAACCAGAUGCCCUUGUUGCAGCUAGCCAGCAGCUAGACGAGUUCCUUCCUUCUGCUCUAAUCGAUGCAUCGGAAAAUCUCAAGAGGUUGCAGAAUAAGAAGCUGAUUCAGGAUAUCACCGAGGAGGCGGCGGAUAGAUUCUGCAAGAACUUUGAGCUCGUCGAGGCGAAGAUGACGGCCGCGGACGAUUUACUACGUGGUGAUGAGGACGAGAAUGAGGAGGGAGAGCAGAAACCUGGGUUGAGAGAUAUGUUCCCGAGGACGAGCGGGGAGAUUAGAGUCUUGUUGAGUUGA